CAUGGAGUGACGACGGGGAAGAUCGAGGUCUAUAACUUGGCCUUGGAAGUUGCAUGGGGAAGCCUUGCGAGGCUGAUAAAGAUUAUCGGUCAUGGGUUGCCAGAAUCCGAUGUGAGGCGGUACACCGGCGACAUUCUUGAAGGGGUUCGACACCUACACAAGAGUGGGUAUGUUCACUGUGAUUUGAAACCAGAUAAGAUCUUGCUUGUGGAAAAUGAAGAUGAUAGUGCCUAUACCUUGGUAGCCAAAGUGGGUGACUUGGGGUUGGCCAAGAAGGAGGAGGUUCAAGAAAGGUGGAGAGGCACUCCCAUGUUCUUGUCUCCGGAGACUGUCUUGUACAAUGAGCAAGAACAAGCCAGUGAUAUUUGGGCUGUGGGGUGUAUUGUUCUUGAAAUGCUUCCUGGAGAGCGCCCCGGGAAUCAUUUCUACGAUCAUGAGAGCGAUACUCUCUACAUUGUUGAUGGAAUGGAGCCUAAAAUUCCUGAUACGAUCUCGAGUCUUGCUAGGGAGUUUCCAGGGUUUUGCCUAGCCAAGGAAACUCCGGAAAGGUGGACAGCUGAAGAGCUUCUAUCUCAUCCCUUUGUGGCAAAUGUUGUUAGGUACCGAUCUAGUCCUAGUUUAGAAGUUAUGUUAGGGUAA